GGGAAUAAAAUUUCAUUCCCACGAGAAAUAACUAAUCCCAUAAAUAAUAGAAUUAACCAUUCCCAAAUAAACCAAGUAUUAGUCAUUCCUAUUCCCUCGUCACUGCCCAUCGUUCUUCAGUUCUUUGGCCCAAUCCUUCUUCUCUCCUCUCCUCUUCUCUCUUCUCCUCCGGUAUAUGAACUUUUCCUUCAUCAGCGGGAAGCAUGGCAGUCCAUCCCUCAGUAGCCAUUGUAUGCUUCUUCCUCGUCUCUUUGUAAUGCAAGGGGCUAGAUUGAUGAACAGACAAGAUUUGACAUCGCCACUAAUCUCAGAGCAUGUCAGAUGGGUUAAGCUGCUUUAAAUCAAGCAGAAUAAAUCUUGUUGGGUCAGAAAGACAGAAGCUGACAGGUGCAGCUGGAGAACGAUUGAAGGAAGCAGGGAACAUAAAUCGAUCACUUUCACAGCUCGGCUAUGGUUAUGCAAUCCGUUGUCAUAUUGUAGUUCAUUUUGAUGUUGUUUUGCAGUAGCACACCUUUUCUUCCCAAUAAAUAACAUUAGGCCUUUUACCUAAUAUAUAGUUUGAGUUAGAAACACUCAAUUUAAUCUAUGACUAUGGCGGUGUGAUUAUUCUUAUCCUACUAUUGCACAGUAUACUGGAGAAAAUGAGCACCAUGAGCUCUUGCAAUAAUUUGAUAGGAACCAAGACAAAUGAUGAGACUGACAUUCUUUUAUGUACCUCAUAAUGGAUGUUGAGGCUGAUAUUUGAAGAAGUCUAUCCUCACAGAAAUUCCAUCACAAAGUAGAAUGAAAGAUAAAAUCAUGCAUUUAGAGGGAUUUUUGCAUUUUUCAUGACAUGCUUAACGGGAUUCAUACAAGUGGAUUUGGAUUAUUUGUGUUGUGAACCAAAAUCAUGCAUUUAGUCAAUUGUUUUUUUCCAUGUGAUGUCUACUGCCAUCCUUUACUAUAUGAGAAAGAAAUUGAUUGCAUUAUUUGUGUCGUUUGCACUGCUGUUUGCUAUUUGUUAAGUUGCUGAGCUAUGGUGCUGCUGUGCUGGGGAUGAUUGGAGCUCUGGUUGGAGUCUGAUCUGGUUUUCUCCAAGAUCAAUCUAUCCCUGUGCAGGCAAGGCUGCUGUUAUUGCAUGACUAGCAAGUGUUUCAGCUGCUGAGGAAGAAAAGGAAAUUUAUCUGAUUUUCCUUUUGCAAUUUUGAGAUUUUUGAAAUUUCAUUGAUGUAAUUUUUUGGAUUAUAGGGUGUAUUGAAGGAUUAAGCCAAAUUGGUUUGGUCCUCUUUGCUUCUUGUAAAUUUGUUUCAUGG